AGUUUUACUAGCGUUCAUGAGGUCCUGGUAUCUUUUGGAAGAAGAGUUGUAUGCUAUCCCCUAUACAGGCAUUUCAGAUUAGUGACACGUGCCAUCGAUGAUGCAGUCAUGAUACUGCAGCUAGGAAAAGGUGCAGUUUUGAAGUGCCUGCUGGACAUUCACAAGAUUUUUAGAGAGAAUGACCCUUCCUAUAUCCUUAAUGAUCUUUUCAUUACAGACUAUUGCAUCUGGAUUCAAAAAAUCAAGUCAAAAAAGUUGGCUGCACUUGCUGAUUCCUUGCAGAAAGCAACACUCACUAAAUCCCACACAGGACUUGAACUGGAAGAGCUGGAAGCAGCAGCACUGCUAGUACAAGAGGAAGAGAGCAAGUUAAAAGCUGCUGGCUCAGUUUCUAAGCAACAGCUGCCUUCCUCUGAGUCAGAGACAAGUGACUCUGAAGAAUCAAGCAGUACUUCAUCAUCUGAGACAGAAGCCUCUGAUUCAGAUGAGCAGGAGCCUUCAACCAGUGAAGAUGGAAAAAUAAAUUCUUCACAAGACACACUUCAAGAGGAGAGGACAGAUCCACUUAUUGACUGUAAUGGAUUAAGGCAAGACACAAACACUUCGAUGUUUGAGGUUAGUGAUGAAAAAGCAAAGGUUUCUUUGCAGUCUACAUCUGUUCCUGGCAAACUGAUAAAAGAAUUAGAAAAGCAAAUGCACACUGCAAUUAGACUUUCAGAGCAGCCUGAAGGAUUGGCUACUACAAGCUGCGCUGUUUCACAGCAACAAGAAAAUAGUGCGUCUGAACCUGACAGUCUUUCAAAAGAUGCUGUUGGGAAAGGAAAUUUCUUGGAGGUGUCUUCAAAGAAAAACCCUUUCCUAUUUCUUUGCAGCACAAACGAAGAUGAAGACUAAAAUGUUUUUGGAACACACUGUGACCUGUUAGGCAACACAGCUC